AAACGCUGCAUUAAAGUGCCCUGAGAGCUAUACGAUAAGGGGGUAGGGUGGGGAAAGAAUUUCAAAUGUUUUGCUCUUGUCACAUAUAUUACUGGAACCAAAAUGGAACUGCUAUGGCUCGUAACAUACAUUUGAUUGGGUUGUAGGGAAAAAUAAAAUAAGAUAAGGGGGUUGGAGUAGAGAGCAAGGACUUCCUCCUUACAUUCAGUCCAUUCAGUUCUGGCGCGGUGUGUCUCUGUUGUCUGUUCCCAUGGCAUCGUUCGUCCUAAUUUCAGGAGUACUUUGCUAGAGUCCUAACCUAAGAAGUGCUGUGUGUUGCUUUACAAUUUACUGUACUGUUGAAAGGUAGUUAAAUUUCCUUUGAAGCAGCAUGAUGAGUAAGAAGAAGGAAACAGGGUUGCAGGUCAACAUCAAUAACCAGGAACUUUGGGAGGAAAUGCUCAGUUCCAAAGGACUAACAGUGGUUGAUGUCUACCAAAGCUGGUGUGGACCCUGCAAACCUGUGGUCAAUCUCUUCAGGAAAAUAAAACUUGAAGUUGGAAAUGGUCUUCAUUUUGCCACGGCAGAAGCAGAUCGUCUUGAUAUUUUGGAAAAAUACCGAGGAAAGUGUGAACCUACCUUUCUUUUUUAUGCAGGUGGAGAAUUGGUGGCUGUGGUAAGAGGAGCAAAUGGACCGUUACUGCACAAAACUAUUCUAGAUCAGAUGGAGGCAGAGAAUAAGGUUUUGGAGCAAGGCAUUGAACGGAAAGUGAUUAAAGAUGCAGCUCUCUCCAUUGAAGAAGAAAGGAUUUCACAAGACCAAGAAUAUGGAGAGGAAGAUGAAGUGGUGUCUUUUGAAAGAUCCUGCACACUGGCAAUUAUUAAACCAGAAGCUGUGACACAUGGGAAGGUGGAUGAAAUCAUCCUGAAGAUCCAGGAAGCUGGUUUUGAGAUUUUAACUAAUGAAGAAAGAAUCAUGACAGAGUCAGAAACAAGGUAUCUCUACCAAAAUAGAUCUGAAGAGGAAAUCUUUGAAAAGCUAGUUCAGCACAUGUCGAAUGGACCGUGCCGGCUACUCAUAAUCUCAUGGCCUGAAUAUCAUAAAGAUGUAGUUGCUGCCUGGAGAGACUUCAUUGGUCCAAGUGAUAUAGAAACUGCUAAGAGAGAAAAUCCUGACAGUCUUCGGGCUCAGUAUGGCACAAUAAUGCCUUUUAAUGCUAUCCAUGGCAGUGAGACCAGAGAUCAAGCCAACAGGGAGCUUGAAUUUUUUUUCCCAAAUUUUAAAAUUUCAGGAAGUGAUGCUGACAAAGUACCAAGGGAAGAAAUUCUACAGUGAACAAAUCCAUGGAUUAAGAUUAUUCUUCUCUUCUUUUAAAAUGACUAGAUGUGACCCCACAAGGCCCAGUUCAGAUUUUCUAUCUUUAGAUGUAGAUGGAGAAAAAAAUGGAUAAAAUUGCUAGAGGCUUGGCCACUGCAAAUACUUAAAAAAAAAAACAAACCACACACAGCCUUUCCCUUACAUCUCAGAAUCAGUACUAUGUUACUAUGUAUUUGGUUCUCAGACAGAAGAGCGAUACAGGCUAGGCAUUUGGGAUUAAGUGACUUUCCCAGGUUCAUAUAACUAGAAAGUGUCUGAGGUCAGAUUUGAAAUCAAGACCUCCUGUUUCCAGGCCUGGCUUUCUAUCCAGUGAGCCCCCAACUGCAAAUGCUUUUGAAAAAGCCAUUGUCAUUGCUUAUUGGUAGCCCAGCGAGCAAGUGAUCCAAAAUCUAAUGAUUGAAAGCUAGAAGGGAAUUCAGGUAGCGAUAGGCAGCUAGGUGGCUCAAUGUAAAGCAUUGAACCUAGAAAACCUGAAUUCAGAUCUUGACUCUGAACCUUACUAGCUCUGUGAUCCUGGGAAAGUCAUUUAACAUGUCUCAAAAUCAGUUUCUCUAGUAAAAUGAGUAUAAUAAUAGGUAUUUCAGUAGAGGUUGAAGAUAUAUAGGGAAGACAUCUAUUGGGGAAAUGGUUGGACCAAAUGAUCUCAAAGACUACUUCCAACUCUAGUAUUCUGAUUCUUGGGAUGUUUUUAUUUUUUUAUGCCUGGACUUUGAGAGAAGAUCUACUACGUGCAUUUUCAUUCCAGACAAUGGUAAAUCAUAGAGAUGACUCCAAGGCCCGAACUUCAACAUCAAUACUAGAUAUAGAACUUCAUGUACAUUCACCAACAUGUAUGAACAUAUUGAACAUGUCCAAAAAAAAUCCACCAGUGGUAGUGAAAUAACCACUUCCAUCAUUAUCAUCAUCUACUCUGACCUUAGGACAGGAUGUUUUUAACCUUUUCUAUUUGUCAAAGAUCCCUCUGGAAGUCUGAUGAGACAUACAGACCCUUUUAUCAGAAUUUUGUUCUUUAUAUUCACAAUUGAAAGAAAUGCUAAAUUUAAGUUAGGUGUUAGUGAAAAUAAAGAUGCCAUUUUCCCAUCCAAGUUCAUGGACCUGCUGAAAUCUGUCUUCAGACUUCUUGAGGUUCAUAUGCCCACAGGUUAAGAAUACCUACCUUUGAAGUAUCCAGGAAAGGUGAAAGAAUUGAUGAAAGAGAAGCAAGAUACCUUGCAGCCUUUGUUGUUUCUUGGAGAUGAGAGAGAACAAAGAGAUGGGUAGGUAGGGAAGAAAAGGCAGAAGGACAAGAUGACAUGGAAGAGCCAAGAAAGAGCUCCUAUUUGAUAAUAUAAAUUUCAAAAUGUUUGUGUCUUUAAAGUUGCUUCAAGAUGGUAACAAGAAGGGCAGAUUUCAUUUAGGAAAGUCAUGGAGAAGAUCAUCUCUAUUAAAAUACAAUCCCCUUGUCCUGUUAUUUCAGACUCUUCACAAGCUAGCUUCAACCUCUCUCUCCAACCUUAAUACAUAUUACUUCAUUUCAUGCUCUUAAAAUUCCAGCCAAACCGGAUUACUAGAGGUUCUCCCUAAACAUCUCCCUCUUCUGUACAUUUGUUUGUGCAAGUCUUCUCCCCCCCCCGCCCCCGUUAGAAUGCUCUUCUUCCUCAUGUAAUGAUACAAAAUCCAGUGAUUGAGAGCUGAAAGGGAAUUUAGGCAGCUACAGGCAGGUAGGUAGCACAGUAAUAAAAUGUUAAAUGUAGAAACAAGAAAAAUUGAGUUAAAAUCCUUCCUCAAAUACUUAGUAGCUGUGUGAUCCUGAGCAAGUCACUUAACUUGCUUCAUUCAGUUCAUCUAAAAAUGAGGAUAAAAGUAUUCUCAUAGAGUUGUGAGGUUCAAAUGAGGCAACAUAUUUAAGUUGCUUGGCAAAUCUUAAAUGCAAUAUAAAUGCCAUUAUCCUUAUUAUUUAGACUAUUUAGAUAAUCACACACACCCCAACUAUUGAAUAGAUAAGGAAACUAAGGCCAGAGAUGUUAAAUAACCUACUAAAGGACACAAAGGCAAUAAGAAAUAGAUCUAUCUUGCCAUCUGUCUAUUGUUGCUACCUUCUCUUCAUUUGGACCUUUACACCCCAACCUAUAUAAUCCUUUGAUCCCAUUCCUGGGGAAAUUAAUCCAUUUCUCUUUGGAAGACCAGUCAUCUUUCAUGUCCAAAUUCACGUAAACUAGCCUAUCACAUUAAGCUGUUCCCAGCACUCAAACCAUGCUUCACUUUCACAUAUUAUCCAGCCAUCCACCCAGGCCAUCAUUACCUGCUUUCUACUUAGAUGCAUAUCCCUCUUCUUUUCCCCUUUCUACGUCUUGCUUUGGUUACAAUUACCAAAUCAAUAAUAGUACUGUUGCUUCUGGAAAGGGCAUGCCACUUUACCGCUGUAUACAUCUACUCACUAUCCCUUUGAUUCUUCAGAUCCAAACUCACUCUCUCUCUCUCUCUC